AACAAUCUUCAAGCUCUCUAGAGUUGCAUGCAACAUAUAUAGUGUUGGAUAAAGUAAGGUCGUACGUAGUUGUGUUGAAAUGGGAACAUGCGCAGCAGAUUCUACAAUUGUGGAGAUAUGGAGAGAGCAGCCUCCUUCUUCUUAUUCUCUCAAAAUCAACAAACCCUCGAAGCUUAACAGCGACAAAUACAAAACCCGUCGUUUCUUGUCCGGUGGAUACAACUGGAGAUUGGUUAUAUACCCAAAAGGAAACGAAAAAGACAAAGGAAAUGGAUUUGUUUCAUUGUAUGUGGAGCUUGAUGACACAAGCCUUAUGUCGAAACCACCAAGUGAGGUUUUUGCAUAUCUUGUGUUCUUUGUCUAUAACAAGAAAGCAAACAAGUACUUUACUAUUCAAGAUGUGGAAGUAAAGCGCAAAUGGAUCUCCUUUAAUUUUCAUCUAGCAGAAAAUGAAAAGUUAAAGUCGGAUGAGAGGAUUUACACUCGUGGUGUUCUCCGAGUUCUUGACCCGUAUGGAUCCAAUCACGCCACAAAGAAAUUUGUUUGUUGGCACGAUGAAUCAAACUCAAGCACAGGCCAAGGUUUGCUUGUGUCAAUGGCUAAGCUUCGGGAGGCUUAUUUGGAUAAGGAAGACACUUUGAGAGUAGAGAUUGAAUUUGAAGUUGUUUCUUCAACUAGUUAUUCUUCCAUUAUCUAA